AUGAACUCUCCCAAGGAGCAGUCUGAUCCAGGAGAUGGUUGUUAUGUUGAGGGUGGAGACCAUACCAAGAGUUUGAGCCUUGUCCCAAGGCUUGCGGAGAGCAGCGAGGGGAAAGGCAGCCACGCAGGCCCCACAGGCAGCGAGUUCCCAUUGAUGUCCCAGCUGGAGGUGUCGGAGAACAAGUUGGCGGUGCUUUGGGCCGGUGAGAACUGGCCGGAUUCCCCAGGGCCCGAGGAAGAAAGUCGAGGUUCCCCAGUGGAGGAGAAGAUGGUUGGUUUGGACUUCCUCUCCCAACCCAGGGUAGAGACUGAGGCCAUCGGGCAGCAACUGACCAACCUAGAGACACCAGGAGUCGAAGAACAACCAUCCGCAGAGAGCGUUUGUGCUGAGACAGAGGUGGGUUCCAUCAAGAGAGGUCCGCAGGCCUCGGGCUCUGAGGAGGCAAAGCCAACCUCUGCUUCCGCUCUCUUCCCCAAGGCACUGGAGCAAAGCAGGGCUUGGGUGACCCCGAGGAAGAAUACCACUAGAGUGGUCAUCGGCGAGGAUACUCACCGCAUCACUUCCGAACCGGAGUUUACAGAUGAAUUAAAUGAUGUACAGAUGAUGAGGGUGACCAUUUGUCUUAAAGACGGGGGUCAGGGUAAGACCAGUGGCCAAGCAGAGACUGGAGACCUAGCCAGGCACUCAAAUGUCCAGGCCAGGGACAAUUUCAUCCGGAUGCCCUCCUCCCUGUUGACUUCUACUACCCGGGGACUCACCUCUAGCACGGAAAGGCAGGCCUCAAAAGAGCUAGAAGCCUUUUCCUCUAAGAAAAAGCAGAAUCUCUUAUGGGGUAAGGGAGGAAGCAAGCCCAGCUACCCAGAAGUUGCGGCUGGGGCAGGUGUCCUACCCAAGGCCAGUCCUAGAAAGAAAAUGGCCCAGAAGAAAAAACCCCUGUGGGAUGCCUCGGCAGUUACUCUGGGGAAAGCCUUCCAUCAAUGGGGCCAGAGACUGAAGUCAGCUCCUGCAGAACCAGCCACCUUCCCCCCAAUCUCUGGUGUUAGCCUGCCUGGGAGGUCUAAUAAAUGCUCCCUGUUACCUCUGAGACCUAAGCCGUGCAAGAACCUCUACACUGGGAAGAGAUCUGUGCCAAAGAGGACAAGGGAAUCACAGUUGGUAGUGAAAGAAGACACUGACUCAACGCGAGACCCCUGCUCACAGGUUCAGCUUCCAACGCAUGGGGCGGAGCUACCUUGCCAGAGUAUGCUGGAAGAACUCAGCAGUAGCGAUAUAAACACCCAAAGUAUCCAGGAUCUAGGAAACUCUCAGUCCUUACCCUUGAGUCAGAAAGGCAUCACGUCCAGGAGAUCUGCACCCUCCGGUGAACAGGAACCAUGCGGAAGUCCCCCAACCCCAGACCCAGAGACAGAGGAACUACCUGGAACACAGGGCUGUCCCCGUUGUCCAGAGUUACAGAAGGAAAUAGAGGACCUCAAGAAACAACUGUCUGCCCUGCAGGCUGGCAAUGAGAAGUUCCAGGCCCUUUGA